AUGGUGAAGAAUUUAUUAGCACUCGUUUUUUGUCUCCUUCUGCGUGAGGCUGCGGCCGUCUAUGAACUCGUUGACAACUAUGCCGGAAACACAUUUUUCGACAAUUUUACCUUCUGGACUGAAGCAGACCCUACUCAAGGCUUCGUCAAGUACAUAUCAGAGCCCGAUGCGAGGAAGAACGGUUUGAUCGGGUUCAGCAGCAGUUACUAUGGCGACAACGUUCCUUGGAUGAGCGUGGACAGGACAAACGUCGCUCCAAAAGGCCGCGAGAGCGUUCGCAUAACCAGCAAAAAGGCGUACAACCAAGGCCUGUUUAUCGCUGAUUUCUCGCACGUUCCCGAUACCACAUGUGGAACUUGGCCAGCAUACUGGAUGCUGGGGCCCAACUGGCCUCACGGAGGAGAAAUCGACAUCUACGAGGGCGUCAAUCUCGAAUACCAAAAUUCCAUGACACUUCACACUGGUCCAGGCUGCACAGUUACCCGUAGCGCAAAAUCCACGGGCCGAAUGAGAACGACGAACUGCGACAUCGCUGCGCCCGGGCAAGGCGCCAAUGAAGGAUGCCAAGUCAAGUCUCACGAUCCUUUUGGCUUUGGCAGCGGUCUCAAUGGGCUCGGAGGCGGAGUUUAUGCAACAGAAUGGACAACGGAUGCCAUUAAGAUUUGGUUUUUCUCGCGGACCACUCAGAUCCCCUCUGAUAUCGAGCAGCAGCAACCAGAUCCGAGUAGCUGGGGGCCACCCACGGCACAUUUCACGGGAAACUGCAGCUUCACGCGCAGUUUCAAAGACUUGAGAAUUGUGAUCAACACAACCUUUUGCGGUCAGUGGGCUGGGCAAGUGUGGGCAGAAUCGCCCUGCGCAUCGAUAACGUCGACAUGCGAGGAGUUCGUCGCCAAAUACCCAGACGCAUUUCUAGGCAGUUACUGGGGUUUCAAUUCGAUUAAGGUAUACAAAGAGAAAAUGGGCUGUGAGGGCGAUUAA